GGGCGGUGCGCGGGGCCGUGAGGGAGCGGCCGCCAUGCUGCGGGAGCUGCGGCGGCGGUGGCGCUCCUACAAGUAUCGUUUCGUGCCUUGGCUCGCCCUCAACCUCCGCCGCCAGCGCAGAACCCUCCGAUAUGUUCCUGAAAGCUCUCAAGACAAAGUUAUUGCUGAUGAAGAAGUCUUUGAAACACUACUGAAAACGUUUAAAGCUCUGUUCAUAAAUGACUUAAGUAGACAAGCAGAUAUUCUGGCCUUACUUCCAGAAGUGAAGUGUCAAUAUAUGGAAUUACUGACUGUGGAGCAGAAGCAGUCAAAAGCCAGUUCUUGUAACUAUCAGGGUCAGCACGUGUUUAGUCCCGAGGAAGUUUUGUUUAACACGCUGGGGUUCGCUGUUAGCAGAGAUCGGAGUUCAUUGGUGUCUGCUGGAACUGGAGUCUUUGUUACCAAAGGUUUUGUACCGAAAGGGACGGUUGUGUCUAUGUAUCCUGGUACAGUAUACAGAAAGCAUGAGCCCAUCUUUUUCCAGUCCCUUGGCAAUCCCUUUAUUUUUAGGUGCAUUGAUGGUGUCCUUAUUGAUGGGAAUGAUAAAGGACUGUCAAGAUCAGUGUACAGGUCUUGCAGCAGGAGAGAUCAGCUUGGCCCCUUUCAGAUGAGUGAUGAGAGCUGGCUCACAGCUGCCCCCCAAAACCCACUGGCAGUGGGACAGUAUGUCAACAAUUGCUCACAUGAAAAAGCAGCAAACGUGUGUUAUCAAGAGUUUGAUGUGCCAGGACAUUUUCCAAUAGAACUGAAACAGUAUCUUCCAAACAUCGUCUACAGCCAUGACAUAGAGAGGUUGGCAUCAAAUGAAAGAGCUUGUAGAUUUGUAUGAUACAAAGCAUAUUGCAUGUAUAAAGAAAAGACAGACAUGGUUGAAAAAUAGCAUAUUAUAUGAAGAUGAGUUACACAAAAAGUGUGCAACUAUUUGGGAAAGUUAGCUCUCUGAAUAGACUAAUUACAAGAUUCUUCAUUCCUUUUUUCACAUUUCCACAAAUAAARUCAACAUAGCUCUGAAGACAAGGUUUUACAAGCAGUUGUUGCACUAUAGUGCAAUUCUUCUGAAUCCCAUAAAUCACUAGUUAUAUUUUCUUUUAUUACGGUACUGAGGCUUUUCACUAUGGAUUCCAAAUCUGUCUCAGCCUGAACCAGUCAAAGCCCAUCUGAGGUGAUUCAGAUUUAGAUUUGUUCUCCAUGUCUUCUGCUUAUGUGACAAAUAAGCAGAUGAAUUUGCAGGAACAAACCUAAAAUUGUAUUGAGACAAGUGAAGUAGUAUGCAAUAUAAAGGCAUAGUUAUAGUUAAUAUAGUUAAUAUAGGCACAGUUAAUAAAACUACAACAUCCUGGUUAUGACUUGGUCAUCCACCUUUUUUUGGAAAUUAAAGCACUUGGAAAUCUUUCUCAGAUAAUCUUGUUCAAGGAUGUAUAAGCAUUU